AUGAAAAUUGCUCCAGUUGGUCCACCAGUCCAAGAUUUGAUUACUAAUGGCGCGGACGACAUGGAGCUCAUGGAUUGGCUAGGAACAAAAGAUGAGAAUUCAACUGUUUUUGUCUCCUUUGGGAGUGAGUAUUUCUUGUCAAAAGAAGAUAUGGAAGAAGUAGCUUUCGGGUUGGAGUUAAGUAAUGUUAAUUUCAUAUGGGUUGUAAGAUUUCCAAAAGGGGAAGAGCAAAAUCUCGAAGAUGCAUUACCAAAAGGUUUUCUUGAAAGAAUUGGAGAAAGGGGAAGAGUUUUGGACAAAUUCGCCCCACAACUAAGAAUUCUAAAUCAUACAAGUACGGGAGGAUUUAUAAGUCAUUGUGGUUGGAAUUCAGUAAUGGAAAGUAUAGAUUUCGGGGUUCCUAUAAUUGCCAUGCCUAUGCAUCUUGAUCAACCAAUGAAUGCUAGGUUGAUCGUAGAAUUGGGAGUUGCGGUGGAAAUUGUUAGAGAUGAUGAUGGGAAAAUUCACAAAGGAGAAAUGGCGAAAACUAUUAAAAAUGUCAUAACAGAGAAAACAGGGGAAAAUUUGAGGGGCAAAAUGAGAGAUAUUAGCAAGAAUUUAAAAUGUACAAGAGGUGAAGAGAUGGAUGUUGCUGCUAAAGAGCUCAUCAAUUUUCUUAAGAACAGUGCUAAGUUGAAUUAA